GAACGUGAUAUGAAACUUGUCCAGAAAUCUUUGCAGAAGAAUUCCUGAAGACACUUUUCAUAUUUCAAUCCAUUAAAAUAACCUGUCAAAUCAAUAAAAAAAAUUAAUUAUAUUUCAAAAACAAUCUAAUUUCGCGCCAUUUUACUGAUUCUUCCCUUAAAUCCCAAAAAACCCAUUAAAAUUCCCACUCAUUUUCAUCACCAAUGGCAAAAUUAUCAGUACCAAAAACCCUAAAAUCAUGUCAAAAACCCAAUAACCCCAAAAAAAACCCUCUUUUGUCUGACAUUUUCGAGCAAAAAAACCUUCGAAAAUGGCCGAUUAAGGUGAAAUUUCCAGGUUGGAAAAAACCCCAUAAAAAUUGGGCUAAUUGGGUCGAGAAAUUAUCACUCAAAUUCGCCAAAAUAUGGGAAUUAACAGGUAUUUGUGAUGGAAUUCUUUCUUCUUUACAUGAAAUUAAACCUAACCCAGAUAUAAUUCUGGGUUUAGUUGAAUAUUGGAGUUCUUUAACAAACACUUUCCAUUUUCCAUGGGGUGAAGCUACCAUUACUUUGGAAGAUGUAAGUGUUUUGUAUGGUUUGCCUGUUUUAGGAGAAAAUGUGAAUUUUUCUGCUUUUGAUGGUUCAUAUAAAAAUCUCGAAUCAAAAUUGCAUAGUGUAAAAAAUGCUCUGUCAAUUAGUAGUAAUGAAAGUAAUGGUUGGAUUAAGUAUUUUAAUGAACAGAAUGAUGAAAUGAAACAUGUGGGAUUUUUGGCAUUUUGGCUUUCUAGGUUUGUGUUUCCUGUCAUUGAUGAUGGAUCAGUAGGAUCACAUGGUUUUCCGGUUGCUAUUCGCCUUGCUCGAGGGGCGAGGAUCGCUCUUACUCCUGCUGUUCUUGCUUGUUUGUAUCAGAACAUGACCUUUCUUACUCUACAUGCUGCUGAUUUUGAUUCUGCUAAGAAGGAGGUUUCUGUUCCUGGUCCAUUUCAGAUUUUGCAGCUUUGGGCUUUCGAAAGAUUUCCCUUGUUAGGGUCGAAAUUAGCUAGGCCUUUGAGUUCAGGGCAGCCUAGGAUUGGUAGGUGGGAUAAGGUGAGAUUUAAGGGGAGUUUGGUUGAUGUUAGAAGAGAAAUAAGAUCGUCGAGUGAGAGUUUUUGUUGGCAGCCUUAUGCUUUAGAUUUGGUGAAUUGGCGGUAUAGGUCUAUUGACCUUGAUGUUGGGAAGAUAUUGUGUGGUUAUUUGGGUGAUGUUGAUGAUGAAUUGAAAGCAUUUCAAGUGUGUUUGCUACCUCAGGAGUUGAUUGGGAUUGAUUGUACUGCAACUUAUCAGCCUCGUAGGGUCAUGAUGCAGUUUGAAUGUGGUCAAUCUGGUCAUAAGGUUAAGGUUGAUGCUAGAAUAACUAGCCCUUUAAAAUCAGGAAAUGUCAGAUUGCUUGAUGUUAAAAAGCCAUCUGAAGUGAGUUAUAGCAUAGUAAGGGAAGGAUCAAUUAGUGCUCAUGGAAACGCGAUUAUUGAAGGCCUUGAGCAGGUGUGCAAGGAUGAUGAUCAUAAGAGGCCGAUACAAACAAGUGACAUUGUGAAAACAGAAUCGAAUUGUAAUGAGGGCAGUGAUUCACUUGAACCAGCAGCAACUGUUAGUCCCGUGAGUGAAAUCCUGAAUGUUUCGGGUGGUGAGACUGGUGACAAUGGUACUAAGGAUGAAGUACAAAGUCUGGAAGGCCUGGUGGUUAUGGAUUCAGAUGAUGAGAUGGCAGAGAAACCGGAGUGCAAAGAUGUUAUCCUGUCAAGGAGUAGUACAAAGAAGUUGAAAAGAAGAAUUGGGGAUUCAGCUGAUUACCCCUUGUUCAAUGGCUCAAACAAGGCUGUCAAAAAGGUAAAAAAGUUCGGUAUUUCGUUUGGGAGUCCAAUUCAUGUUGAGAAUUACUGGCUGUGAUGAUCAAUGGUAUGUCACUCGAAUUUUGUACAUUCUGAUUUGUUUCUCAGUUUAUGAAGCAUGAA